AUGGCGGCGAGACGAAACGUGGACGAAGUGAUGGUUCGAGCGGCGGCUCACGCGAGAAAAGAAGAGAAUUUCGAUAUGGGAAUAUUCGAAUUCACUGCAAUCGCCGGACAUAUUCUCGAAAGUUCUUGUAAACAUCCGGAUGGCGUGGAGCAACCGGAUUGUUUGAAAUGCAAAUACGAGCGUGAACUGAAACUGGAGGAGCUUCCCGAGAUGGUGUUCGCCCGUAAUUCUCUCACAAUUCGGUUCUCAGAUCAUGGAUUGAGAGGAUACAUUCAAUUCAAUUGUCUCGACGCACUGAAGAUGGUCUGUUCUGACCGUCUUCCCGAUGUGAAGGUUGGCGCGUCGACGGCGUGGCAAUCGACGAGACAGGAUAGGAUUCUGCAGAUUUCAGAGCAUCAGAAACCAUUCGAUUGGACGUAUACAACACAUUAUAAGGGAACUUUGGUUGGGUUGAAGGCCACGCCCACCACUGACCGCAUCGAUAUGGAACGGCUGAAGCGACGCGACACUAUCAGCUUCUCGACGAACGUCAUUUUAUUCGAAGACGAGCUGGCAGAUCAUGGAAUUGCUCAGUUAUCCGCUCGAAUUCGUGUCAUGCAAGAGGGAUAUUUCUUCGUCCUCCUUCGUUUCUACAUGCGAGUCGAUAAUGUGCUUUUGAGAGUAUGUGACACACGGAUCGUUGGAGAUUUAGGAGACCGUCACAUGAUCCGUGAGUGGCAACUUCGUGAGGCGAAAUACGAGAAUCUUCGUCACGUCCACCCGGAAUUGCUUCUCGACGCGGAUCGCGCGUGGAUGCACUUGCCGAUUGUUGAGGAGCACGUUGAGAGAAUUUCCAUUGAACGCCCUGAUGAUAAUUAA